CCAUCUCUGAAUUGCUCGGCGGCUGAUUUUCCACCAAGGUCUCUGCAAUUCCAUCAAUCCCUCAUGGCUCCGAAGAAGGACAAGGCUCCUCCUCCGUCGUCAAAGCCUGCUAAAUCUGGUGGAGGGAAGCAGAAGAAGAAGAAAUGGAGCAAGGGCAAGCAAAAGGAGAAGGUGAACAACAUGGUUUUGUUUGACCAGGCAACUUACGAUAAGCUUCUUUCUGAAGUUCCAAAGUACAAGCUUGUUACACCUUCAAUUCUGUCUGACAGAUUGAGGAUUAAUGGAUCAUUGGCACGCCGGGCAAUUAAGGAUUUGAUGGCAAGGGGUUCCAUCAGGAUGAUAUCUGCCCAUGCUAGCCAAGAGAUCUAUACCAGAGCAACCAACACCUAGAUGGGUGAAGAAUUUUUGCCUAGCGUUAUGGAUACAUAGAUUGUUGUUAUUGUUCCAUGUUAGAUGGUAAUGCCUGCACACUUCAUGAUUAUUCUACUUGGAAUCAUUUUUCCCUCUAUCCUCCAUUUAUGUCUAAGUUAAUUAGAAGUUUUUUCUAUAAUACUGUGGUGUCUCCACCAAGUAUGAAAAUUUAUCUAGUUUCAUUUUUACAUUUACCAUGAAUCAGAUGUUCUGGAGUGUUUUGACUUU